AUGGAUUCUCUGCAGAUCCUCUCCUCUACCUUCUGUGCUUUCUUCUUCUUCUUCUUCCUUCUCCAUGUCUUGAAAUCAAGCUUCAAUAAAUCUCCCAAAACUUCCCUCCCUCCUUCAGGACCAUGGAAGCUUCCUCUCAUAGGACACAUGCACCAUCUUUUAGGGUCACUGCCUCAUCAAUCUUUGAGAGACAUAGCAAACAAACAUGGAUUACCUGUGAUGUUCCUGAAACUAGGAGAGACCUCCAAUGUCAUAAUCUCUUCCCCAGAAGCCACCAAAGAGAUCAUGAAAACACACGACGCUGUCUUCGCCAACAGACCUUACCUUUUUGCUUAUGAAAUUCUGUCGUAUAAUGCCACCAACAUUGCUUUCUCUUCCUCUGGCAGUUACUGGUCGCAGCUCAGAAAAAUAUGCAGCUCAGAACUUCUCUCUGCUAAGAGGGUCCAAUCAUUCAGGUUUAUCAGAGAAGAGGAAGUGUCAGAACUGGUGAAAACAAUCUCAGAAAACGAAGGAUCAGAGAUCAAUCUGAGCAACAUGAUAAUGUCCAUGACAAAUGCCAUAGUAGCUCGAGCAGCUUUUGGAGAAAGAUCAAGAGACCAAGAGGCCUUCCUCAGAUGUGCUAAGCAGGCUUUAAAGCUAGCUGGAGGCUUUUACAUUGCAGAUUUCUUUCCUUCCAUGAAACUUCUGCAAAAUAUUUCUGGUAUGAAGGCAAAACUUGAGAGGCUGCAUGUAGAGAUUGAUAGAAUACUGGACAACAUAAUCGAUGAUCACAGGAAGAAGAAAUCUGAUAAGGUUGAAGAAGAUCUAGUUGAUGUUUUCUUGAAGAUUCAGGAGCAAAAUAAUCUGGAGGUUCCCAUAUCUUUGAAUAACAUCAAAGCAACAAUUUUGGACAUAUUCAUAGGAGGAACUGAGACAUCAUCAACAACUGUAGUGUGGGCAAUGUCAGAGAUAGUAAAACAACCUAAGAUAUUGGAAAUGGCACAAACUGAGGUAAGAAGGGUUUUCAAAGAUAAAUCACAUGUUGAUGAGACAGAACUUCAUCAACUUGAAUACUUACAAUGUGUCAUCAAAGAAACUUUAAGGUUACACCCACCAGCUCCAUUACUACUACCAAGAAAAAACAGCGAAACAUGUGUAAUCAAUGGAUACAAAAUACCUAUGAACACCAAGAUCCUUGUGAAUGCUUGGGCAAUAGGAAGAGAUCCAAAGUAUUGGCCUGAGCCUGAAGAGUUCAAACCUGAGAGAUUUCUUGAUGGUGCUGAUUAUUAUAACUUCAGAGGCACAGACUUUGAGUAUAUUCCAUUUGGUUCUGGAAGGAGGAUAUGUCCAGGAAUUGCUUUUGCCAUACCCAAUGUUGAGCUUCCACUUGCAAAUUUGCUAUAUCAUUUUAAUUGGAAACUUCCUAAAGGAAUGAGGAAAGAAGAGUUUGACAUGUCUGAGACUUUUGUUGGGACUGUGAGAAAAAAAUUAGAUUUGUGCUUAAUUCCUCUGUCUUAUCAUCCUAAUUAGCAACACAAUUAUAUUAUUGUUCACCUCAGUCAAUAAUCCUUUGGUCUGUUUUCUUGUAUGAAGAAUGCGAAUA